GGUUGCUGACGAAGUCGCCCGUGCCGCCUUUGCAUUGACCGGGCGUGUGGUCACGACCUAUUCAUUCUCGAAUUCUCCUUCAACAUGCAAGUUCCGUUGAUUGUGUCUGCCUUGGUGGCCGCCGCUGCCGCUGAUUUGGCGUGCGUUGCCGAGUACGGCCUGUGCGACACUGGCGCCCCCUGCUGCAAUGCAAACAGCACGUGCCAUCGCUUCGACGACAACGUGGCCCAGUGCUUACCUGCAUCGCACCAAGUCAAGAAUACCCACGAGCGCGCCGCAUCCGGUGAAGCGAAGCGAGUCUGCGCCACGACGUGGAGCCAAUGCGACGGCCAGAACUGGCCCAACGGUGUGUGCUGUAUCAGCCCGAACGACCGUUGUGUCAAGCACAACGACUACUACUCGCAAUGCAUCCCCAUGUCGUCGACGACGUCCGUGCCCACGCAGGCCAACGCGCGGUGCAGCGAAAACUGGAGCCAGUGCAACGGCCAAAACUGGCCCAACGGCGUGUGCUGCAAGGAUCCUUUGUUCCAAUGCAACUUCAAGAACCAGUACCUGUCGCUGUGCGAGCCCAAGCGGGCUGCGAAGGCGGCGGAAGCGUCGUGCACCAACGUAAGUGUCGUGGGUGAUGCCACAUACUGCGUAAAAGGCGCCAUCUGCGGCGACGAAGGUGACGUAUGUCCCAAGAAGGGAGACACUGCCGUCGGCGAUUGUAUCUCAACUCUCAUGAGCUACGUCGGUGCCACGUCGAGCUGCGUCGCCCCAGCCGACGCGACUUGCCAGAAGAUUCCCAUCACGACGACUGGUGCCCCCGUGCCCACGACGGCCAACUCUGGCAAGUGCAGCACGAAUUGGAGCCAAUGCAACGGGCAAAACUGGCCCUACGGCGUAUGCUGCGAAGACGCUUCGUUCCAGUGCAACUACAAGAACCAGUACCUGUCGCUGUGCGAGCCCAAGCAGCCCGCGAAGGCGGCGGAAGCUUCAGGCGUGGUCGCUGUGUGGCAGCAAUGCGGUGGGAAGGCGUACCAGGGCCCCAAGCAGUGCACGACCGGCAACACGUGCGAAGUGAUCAACGAAUGGUACUCGCAAUGCAGACCCGCUCCCACCAAGGACGGCGUCCUCGCCACUUGGGCGCGAUGCGGCGGCAUCGGGCACACGGGCUUGACCAAGUGCCGUGACGAGGACAAGUGCGUCAAGCACAACGACUAUUACUCGCAGUGCGUCCCCAAAUAA